AUGUACGAAAGAAAACUUUUGGAAGUUCAAAAAGAAAAAAUAAAAGUGCGGGGCCAAGCUGGGGUGUACAGACAGCAGUAUGAAGAUGCAGCAGAAGAAUUUCAGCAGCUAAAAGAAGCCACGAGAGCAAAAGAAGAAAAGUUCUCCAGACUCAAAGAGGACCUGGAAAAGCUGCUGCAGGACCGUUCGCAGCUGCAGCAGCAGCUGAAGGAAAAAGAAGAAGCUUUAGGAGAAAAAGAAAAGAAGAUUUAUUUGCUGCGGCAGCAGCAGCAAAGUUUUGAGAAGCAAAACUACAUAUUAGGGUAUAAGCUGCAGCAGCUGCAGCAAACCGCGGGGCCGCAGCAGCAGCAGCUGCAGGAGAUGCAGCAGCAGAUCAAGUGCAUGGACCGCGAGCUCGUUUGCUGCCAGCAGCAGCAGCAGCAGCAGCAGCAGCAGCAGCAGAAGCUGCAGCGCCUGCUGCUCGCUGCCCGGCAGCAGCAGCAGCAGCAGCAGCAGCAAACGAAACAAAAACAAAAAGUCAUCAACAACUUAAGUUGGGGAGUUUGCAAAUGUCUGCAGCAAAUUGACAAUCCGAAAGAACUGAAGAGAGAUUUGCUGCUGCUGUACAGAAGCAGCGGCGCAGCAGCAGCAGCAGCAGCAGCAGCAAAGCCCCCCAACGAAGACGCUGCAGCAGAACAAACCAGGCAGCAGCAGCACCUCGAAGCAGCAAUUAAACAACUCAAAAAAAGAAUUUCAAAAGAUGCAAAAACUCACAGAGAAGACAAUUCAAAACUCAUGAAAGAAAAUGCAGAUUUAAUUAAAGAAAUUAACAGCUUAAGAGCUGAAGUCCUUUCCCUCCAAGCAGCAAAAAGGGGCCUCAAAGCAGCAAACAGAAACGCCAGCAGCAGCAGCAGCAGCAGCAGCAGCAGCAGCGGCGGCGGCGGCGGCGGCCUCGGAGCUGCUGCUGCUGCGGCUGUAGCUGCUGCGGCGGCUGCCGAAGAGGCGAAAGCUGCAGCAGCAACGCAGCCUGCAGCAGCAGCAGCAGCAGCAGAAGCACCCCCUGCAACAGAUGCAGCAGCAGCAGCAGCAGCAGCAGAAGCAGCAGCAGAAGGAAGUGUUGCUGCUGAAUGUGCAAAGCUAAUUGAUGAGCAGCAAAAAGAAAUGGAAAAGAUGAAAAGCAAAUUUGGAGAUAACUCAGAAGACAAUUAA